AUGGAGGAUUUGGAUAAAGUCGAUACAUGGUAUAGUCGGCAGAUGAACUCAACAACUACUACAUGCACAGCUGAAGGUAUUGAGUAUCUCGAAUACGUACUGGAGAGAACCGAGAGACUGAAUUCUGAACUCAAGAAGUAUGCAAUCAAAAUAAGGUUUAGAAAAGAUGAAGCAAGCAAUAAUCUGCGUAUAACUUUGGGUGAAGUGUGUCGUGGAGUGGAGGGUCUUACCAGAACCUUGCAUAUGGUAAUUAAUCUAUGCAGGCACAACCAGAGUCCUGAAAGAAGAGGAGUUUCUAGAGAGGGCCUGUCUUCGUCUGUCUUACAAAGAAGUGUUAAUUCUGAUAGCAGAAACGUGGAAGUAAGGGCUAAAGUUCGCUGGCAUGUUGAGGGGGAACGGAAUUCAAAGAUGUUCCAUAAAGUGGCAAAUGGAAACAGAAGGAGAAAUGCAAUAUUUAAACUGAAUAUCAAUUCAGAAGAGGUGGUUUGUCAAGAUAGAAUCAAGUCAGAAGUGAUUGAGUUUUGUGAGAAGCUUUAUUCUAGAGUUGGUGAAGAAAUAGUUGUGCUGGAAGACUGUUGUUUUUCCACCAUUUCUGAGAUGGAGAACUCUGUUCUGGGAAGAGAUAUCGCUGAAGAUGAAGUUCUGUCAACUAUAUAUAAACUAUUUCAAAUUGGAGCUGCUUGGGACGUGAUAAAGAUUGACUUCAUGAAAGUGGUGGAGGAAUUUAAUGCUACAGGAGGUUUCAAUUGGCGGUUGAAUUGUACUUUCCUCUCUCUGAUUCCGAAGAAGAAUAAUGUUGUUGAGUUGAAGGACUUCCGUCCUAUUAGUUUGGUGAGCACCAUCUACAAAGUACUAGCUAAAGUUCUCGCGAACAGAUUAAAGGUGGUUAUGCCGAAGCUGGUUUCUCAACUCCAAGGUGCUUUUUUAGCCGGAAGACAGAUCUUGGACGGUAUCCUAAUUGCAAAUGAGUUGAUUGACUCAAGAAAGAAAGAAGGGAAAGCAGGAAUUGUUUAUAAAUUAGAUAUGGAAAAAGCUUAUGAUCAUGUUCUUUGGGAUUCGGUUGAAGUUGUUCUUAGGAAGAUGGGUUUUGGUUGGAAAUGGAGGAGAUGGGUCAGAUGGUGCAUAUCUACAGCUAGGUUUUCAGUUAUUCUCAAUGGUGCGGCGAAAGGAUUUUUCAAGGCUUCGCGGGGACUACGUCAAGGAGACCCACUCUCUCCGUUCUUAUUUUUGUUAGUGGCGGAAGUGUUUAACAAGCUCAUGCAUAAUGCGGAGAUGGAAGGUUGUCUCAAAGGCUUUUACGUUAACGAAAAUGGUAUGGAGAUUUCACACCUUCAAUUUGCAGAUGAUACGAUUGUUUUCUUAGAUGCAAGAGUUCAGGAGGGUCAGAAACUGUUAAAGGUGCUGGAAAAAUUUAAAACAAAAACGGGUCUGAAAGUUAAUCUUUCCAAGAGUUCGAUGAUGGGUAUUGAGUUUCAUCAAGAUUGUAUCCAGGAUUGUGCGGUUUUAGCGGAUUGUGCAGUAGGUGAGUUCCCUUUUUCCUACCUUGGGAUUCCAGUCGGGGCUUCUACAAGAGCCAAAUCUGUUUGGAAUAUUGUCAUCGAAAAAAUGACUCUCAGGCUAGCUCCGUGGAAACGGAGAUAUCUAUCGAGAGCCGGAAGGAAUGAAGGCGGCCUAGGCUUAAGAAAUUUGAAGAGCACUAAUGUUGCUUUAUUAACCAAAUGGUUGUGGAGAUAUGGAGAAGAGAAGAGCAGUUUAUGGAGGAAAAUUAUCUUAGAGAAGUUUGGUGGUGUCGAAGAGGCUUGGGUUCCAAAAGAUUCUAAGAAUACUUAUGGAUGGGGGCUAUGGAGAGAUAAAACUCUUAAGGAGUUGUUUCCCAAAUUAUGGAAAGUGAAUGGGAAGAAAGAAGCGCUAGUUGAAGAGGGAAGAAGCAUUCCUAUUAAAUUUCCGUCCGACUACAUUUGGAACAAGAAUAUUCCACCUAAGAUUAGCUUUCUAGUUUGGGCAGCUGCAAUUAGAGUGGUUCCUACACUCUCCGUGUUAGCGAGAAGGGGUAUUGAGAUAUGGGAGCACUUUCUACAGCAGCUGAACAUAGUUUGGGUUCAUCCGACGACGGUACUGGAGUUCUUAUGGAGGUGGAAAUUGAAUGCUGCUAUCAUGCCUAUGGUUUUCCUGAGAUAUUGUGUGCCGUUUGCUAUUUGGUGGAUUGUGUGGUUGGAAAGAAAUAACAUCCUAAUUGCUAAGAAACAGGAUUCAGUAAAUACUGAUAUUUUUGUUGCUUCAAUUAAUGGUGCCAGUGGAAGAGAUGGCGAUAAAACUAAAAAAUAA